AUUCCACUGACUCUUACUAGUUCUUAUAAAUGCUUUGAAACUCGACAACUUAGCUCGCAACUCCUUUAGUUGUUCUUAAAAACCUUUAGCUCGAUGGAAAUAUUAAGAUUCUUUUUCCUUUUUUUCUUUUUCCUACUUGUUAAUUCAAAAACCUUCACAGUUAUAAAUGAGUGCGAUCACCCAGUCUGGCCUGUAGCAAUAGCAAACGGCGGCACUCCGUGGCUGCUUCCUUCCUAUAAUACAGGACUCUUCGUUCUCCAACCAGGCCAAAGCAACACCAUCUCUGUCGACAGGCCUUCCAGCGGCCGGUCGGGUUUUAUCUGGGGCCGAACCCAAUGCAGCAUGGCAGACUCGGGCGCCUUCCACUGUGGCACAGGAGAUUGCGUGUCCGACACGGUCGGAUGUGGAAGCGACUCGUUGCAGCCGGCAUCAACCACCAUAGCCGCGUUCCGCUCAAUUGAUGGAUUGGAGUAUUACGAGGUGAGCUUCAAAAACGGAUAUAAUCUUCCCAUUAUAGUGGUUCCCGUGGGUAGGGGAAGCGAUGGAUAUGAUGAACAUCACUGUACGAUUGCUGGGUGUGCUGUGAAUUUGAUCAGCACGUGCCCAGCGGAGCUCCGGUACAGCAACGAGAGCUUGGGUUGUAAGAGUGCAAGCCAGGCCUUUGCGGAGCCCAGCUUUUGUUCUGGUACUGCAGCUGCUUGCAAUUGCAGCACUAGCUGCUAUACCGACUUCUUUAAGCAAGCAUGUCCCAAGGCUAACAGCUUUGCUAAUGACAAAACCAGCACCUUUUCCUGCCCUUUUGAGCAAGAUUUCGACAUCGUUUUCUGUCCUUCCUCUUCAACCACUAGAUCGACCAGUCCAGAUUAUAAUUUGCACCCGGAAUCGGAGUCGGACUCAAAGGGAAAAAUCAAAAAUAAUUCUAAGAAGUGGAAGAAGUACAAAAUUCCCGCGCUCAUCUCUGGGGCAGCUUUGGUUGGGGCAGCUUUGGUAGGAGCGUUGUCGACUGCACUUUGGUGGUUCAAUGCAGGAGGAUCUACUGGAGGAUCUACAGGAGUAUCUACUGGAGGAUCUACAGGAGUAUCUACUGGAGUAUCUACAGGAGUAUCUACUGGAGUAUCUACUGAAGGAUCCAAACCUUUUCUACAUCUUUAUAUUCCGAUUUUAUUUUUAAGAGAAGAAUGGCACGCACAUUUGAAGUUUCGGAGAGAAGGAGAAGAAACGAAAACGAAAGUGGAAAAAUGUUGA